ACGUCUAUUUCGUGAUUGUGAAGCGGAAGAGCCAUCUUUGACGAGAUCCUCUCGAUCGUGUUUUCGUGUCCGUUCCAAGGAGGUUCUCCGUAAAGAUGAACGUGAUCGCGAAAUCCUCGAAUCUGGCGCCGUAUCUGAAGGCGUCGGUGCCAACAAUUGCGAACGGAUUACGCCCUGUAGCCGCAACUGGUAAGGUGCAGAAAAAGAAAAUCGCUCAUCCAACACCCGUCGAGCGGAUCCUUAACGACAGUCUUAACAAGGCUAUUCUAUCUGGGCCAAUUCGCAUUAGAUCAGGACCUGCAGCAUCUACACAGGUCUCCAAGGUUCGCUUUGCACAUACUGACAUUAGAGUUCCUGACUUCUCAGCAUAUCGUAGAGAGUCUCUUAAGGAUCCGACAGCAAGAAACCGUGACAGUGCUGAUGAUAGGAAAACUUUUUCGUAUGUUGUAGCUGCUGUUACUGGAGUUGGUACUGCAUAUGGUGCUAAAACCAUUGUUUACGAUCUUGUUUCCAGUCUCAGUGCUUCAGCUGAUGUUUUAGCUUUGGCUAAAAUUGAGGUUAAGCUUGAUUCUGUUCCUGAAGGCAAGAGUGCUGUUUUUAAAUGGCGUGGAAAGCCCCUCUUCGUCCGUCAUAGGUCCGCAAGUGAAGUUGAAAAGGAACGUAAAGUAGAUGUUUCAUCCCUUCGUCAUGCACAACAUGAUUCUGAAAGAGUUCAGCGUCCUGAGUGGUUGAUAGUCAUUGGAGUAUGCACACAUUUGGGCUGCGUACCAAUCGCCAAUGCUGGAGAUUAUGGUGGUUACUAUUGUCCAUGCCAUGGUUCUCACUAUGAUGCCAGUGGUAGAAUUAGGAGAGGACCAGCACCCUUAAACCUGGAAGUACCAAACUACGAAUUUGUGGAUAAUACCGUCGUCAUUGGUUAAACAGCAAUUGACUGUCGAAAUCCGUAGAAGAUUAAAAUAUAUCGUCUACUUCGGACCGCUUCUUUCAUCAGGACGAAGCGCGGAUUUACACUGAUGAAGGAAGUGUCCGCUAUUUAUUACGAAACUCCAAUAGCUAAAUUCGUUUCCGCGAUUCGCACCUUGAUCGUUCUGAAUCGGUCCGAGAGCGACAGCACUGUAUCUUCGUUAUGACAACAAUUGUACAGCCUCUAGAAUAAAUAUUAACGGAGAGAGUGUAAAGAAGCAGUUAUCAAUGACUAGAAUGACCUUAAAAAAACUUCAUAAUCCAGCUGUAGUAUUUAAACGGAAUACGAGCAAAUACUAUCAUAAAUUUACGUAUAGAUAAAAUAUUAAAUGUCCUGUGAAAGUAUUCACGCAUA